AUGAUUACAGUCGAUCCGGUCGUGGCUCUCAAGUUUACUCACAUAUCCCGAAUUAUAUCAGUUAUAAACACAAGUGUGCGCAAGGUGCGGCUUGUCAUUUCAUACUUAGUACUGGACCCCACUUGCACUCGCACUCACGCCCCUUCACACUCAUCCUCUCGUUCUCACUCUCCCGGCCUGGUGAAUCGAAAAAAACCCAAGAUGGACUUAGGAGGAAGCAGUUCCGUAUUACCGUCUUCACGGACGUCUAUCAGGACAACCCGCCCUGCAUCGGAGAACAUCCGUAAAGUGGCCGUUACUAUGAACGGCAGGCAGGCACAGUUCUUGGAACUGGACCAGACACGCCCCCUGGUGGCUAUUAUGAAUGACAUUUGCAAAGGUUGGCAGUUAACCGAUACGGAGAACUACGCCUUGCAGUUCACAGACUCCAACCGCCAGAACUACAUCACAGAAAAGAAUCGGGGAGAAAUCCAGACAGGAACUGUCUUGAAACUAACCAGCUCUCCAGUAAGAACUUCUCAAGAAGUUUACGACAAACUAAAGGACCCAGAAUGGACGAAGAAGCUGGAAGCCCUCAAGCUGCUGUCGACUUUAUCUACGGACAGCUCCUUUGCGCAGGAAUUCAUCAGCAAGCAAGGAUUGUACUUGUUAACCUCCAUCGUCAAUAACAGGGAGCAGUAUAUCGUCAGUUGGGACAUUGUGGACGAGGUUUUUAUAGAAAAGGUGGCCAGCACCCUUGACGACGAGUCCUGCUAUUCCGACAACAAUGUCGAUAACACAUGUCUGCAGACAGCCUUGGAAAUUAUUGAGGCAGUUCUACUGAACAGUGACAAGUACACAAUAGUGGAGAAGUACGUCACCCCAGGACAGAUCACGAAACUGAUGACUGUAUGCCGUAAGUCCAGUGAACUACACAAAAACUUCAUCGCUGUUAUCAAUGCCCUGUUGAUGAAGGCCGAUCGGCAAAAACACAAGGAAAUUGCCGAAAGCCUUCAAUCUAAGAUGUUUCGAAAUAUAAUUCUUGAC